AUGGAUUACGAGGCUCUCAAGGAGCAAUGGAGUGAGGUCGAGGACCGUGACGGAGUCCGUCUUAGCUGGAAUGUCUUCCCCAGCUCGCGAAUGGAAGCAUCACGCCUCGUUGUGCCCAUCGGAGCCCUCUACACACCUCUCAAGGAGAAGCCCGACACCCCUCUUCUCCAAUUCGAGCCUGUUACCUGCAAGCAGCCAUGUCGCUCGGUUCUCAAUCCCUUCUGCUCAGUAGAUGUUCGCGCACGUCUCUGGAUAUGCCCUUUCUGCCUCUCGCGAAAUCCCCUGCCACCGCAUUACAAGGACAUCACCGCGAACGCCAUUCCCCCCGAACUGCACCCCUCUAACACGACGAUUGAGUAUCGACUGUCCCGCCCUGCUCCCAGCCCUCCCAUCUUUCUGAUGGUUGUAGACACAUGCCAAGAGGAGGACAGUCUUGCCGCUUUGAAGGAAUCCUUGGUCAUGAGCUUGAGUCUUCUACCCGAAAAUGCUCUCGUUGGCUUGAUCACCUACGGCACUAUGGCUCAGGUCCAUGAGAUUGGUUACACCGAAUGUGCUAAAUCUUACGUGUUCCGUGGCAGCAAGGACUACAACGCUAAGCAGGUGCAAGAAAUGCUUGGUCUUCUGUCUCCGGCUAUGCGCCCUGGCAUGCCUCAACAGCCCGGACGACCUAUGCCGGCAGGUCCCGCAUCGCGGUUCUUGCUACCCGUCCAGCAGGCCGAAUUCCAAUUGACAAAGGCUCUGGAGCAGCUUCAGAAGGACCCCUGGCCUGUCGCGAACGAUCGCAGAAAUCUACGAUGCACCGGUGUUGCUCUGAGCGUGGCAGUCGGCCUUCUUGAAUCCUCCUUCCAACAUGCUGGCGGUCGCAUCAUGCUUUUUGCCGGUGGCCCCGCCACGGAAGGGCCUGGUAUGGUCGUCGGCCCCGAGCUACGUGAACCCAUGCGGUCACACCACGACAUCGAUCGAGAUAACAUCAAGUACUACAAAAAGGCAUUAAAGUUUUACGACAAUCUGGCUAAGAGAACAGCUCACAAUGGGCAUGUCAUCGACAUAUUUGCCGGCUGCUUGGAUCAAGUCGGCCUGCUUGAGAUGAAGGGUCUUUGCCAGCAGACUGGCGGCAGCAUGGUUUUAACUGACAGCUUCACAAGCUCAAUGUUCAAGCAGUCGUUCAUUCGCAUGUUCGAAAAGGAUGGCGACGAUAAUUUGCUCAUGGGCUUCAACGCAACGCUUGAAGUGUUGACAACCAAGGAAUUGAAGGUCACGGGAUUGAUCGGACAUGCCAUCUCGCUCAACAAGAAGUCUACUUCAGUGGGCGAGACUGAAUGUGGCAUCGGCAACACAUGCUCAUGGAAGAUGUGUGGAAUUGAUCCUGGCUCUAGCUAUGGCGUCUACUUCGAAAUAGCCGGCCAAGGGGGUCCAGCACAGCAUCAACAAACGCCGCAAAAGGGUAUGAUGCAAUUUCUCACAUACUAUCAGCAUUCGUCGGGCCAGUUCCACCUAAGAGUGACGACGAUUGCGAGGAACCUUAGCGGGCCAGCAGGAGAUCCAACAAUCGCUCAGUCGUUCGACCAGGAAGCCGCGGCUGUUCUCAUGGCCCGGAUCGCCGUAUUCAAGGCAGAAGUUGACGACGGGCCUGAUGUUCUGCGAUGGGUUGACAGGAUGCUCAUCAGACUCUGCUCCCGUUUUGCAGACUAUCGCAAAGAUGAUCCUUCUUCAUUCCGCUUGGAGAAGAACUUCACUCUAUACCCGCAAUUCAUGUUUCACCUGAGAAGAAGUCAGUUCCUCCAGGUGUUCAACAACUCGCCCGACGAAACCGCAUUCUACCGACAUGUUCUCAACCAUGAGGAUGUGAGCAACUCGCUCAUUAUGAUCCAGCCCACGCUGGACUCUUAUACUUUUGACCAGGCGGAGGCAUCGCCGGUUCUCCUCGACAGCUCCUCCAUCCAACCCACUCAUAUUCUCCUGCUAGAUACCUUCUUUCACAUCCUCAUCUUCCACGGUGAGACAAUUGCGGAGUGGAUGAAGGCGGGCUAUCAAGAACAAGAGGGCUAUGAGAAUUUUGCUGCGUUGCUUGAACAGCCCAAGGAAGACGCAAGGGACCUCAUCACCGACAGAUUCCCAUUGCCAAGAUUUAUCGUCUGCAACCAAGGCGGCUCGCAAGCAAGAUUCCUGCUCUCAAAAUUGAACCCCUCGACAACCCACACGACUGGUGCCUAUGGCGGCGUUGGGGCGCAGAACGCGCAAACCAUUUUCACCGACGACGUAUCUCUCCAAACCUUCAUGGACCACUUGAUGAAGUUGGCUGUGAGCGGCACAAACUGA